GGAGGGUCACUGAGCUUGAUCUCUCACUCCAGAGCCUUCAGCAGGGAAAAAGAUGUCAGAUGAAGAGCUGGAAGACUUCGAGCCAGACCAGGAUGAUCUGGAAAAGGAAGAUGAUGAGAAGGAGACAGAAGAGUGGGAGGACUCCAGGAAGGAGGGAGAAGAGUACUCAGAGGAAUGGAUGCCCACCCCCCUCACGGAGGACAUGAUGAAGGAAGGGCUUUCUUUGCUCUGUAAGACGGGCAAUGGACUGGCUCACGCUUAUGUCAAGCUGGAGGUUAAAGAGAGGGACCUGACAGACAUCUACUUGUUGCGGUCCUACAUCCAUCUGCGCUAUGUGGAUGUUUCUGAGAACCACCUGACAGACUUGUCCCCACUCAAUUACCUUACCCACCUGCUCUGGCUCAAGGCUGAUGGCAACAAUCUGCGGAGCGCCCACCUGAAUGAACUGCCCUACCUGCAGAUUGCCAGUUUUGCCUAUAACCAGAUCACUGACACUGAGGGCAUCUCUCACCCUCGUCUGGGCAGCCUGGAUCUCAAAGGGAACCGCAUCCGCAGGGUGACCGGUCUGGACCCCCAAAAGCUGAUCAGCCUGCACACACUGGAGCUUCAGGGAAACCAGCUGGACAGCACCUUGGGAAUCAACCUUCCUAAGCUGAAGAACCUCUUCCUGGCCCAGAACAUGCUGAAGAAGGUGGAGGGCUUGGAGCACCUAAGCAAUCUCACUACGUUGCACCUUCGAGACAACCAGAUUGAAACUCUGAGUGGCUUCUCCAAGGAAAUGACAUCGCUGCAGUAUCUCAACCUGAGGGGCAACAUGGUGACCCACCUCGGGGAGCUAGCCAAGCUCCGGGACCUGCCCAAGCUGCGGGCCUUGGUGCUGUUGGACAACCCGUGCGCAGAUGAGAAUGACUACCGCCAGGAGGCCCUGGUGCAGAUGGCACACCUCGAGCGCCUGGAUAAGGAUUUCUACGAGGAGGAGGAGCGGGCCGAAGCUGAUGAGAUCCGUCAGAGGUUGAAGGAGGCCCAGGAGCAGGAGGCUGAGGCUGAGCGCGACUCCAAACUGGAGCUGCCAUCCAUGUAGC